GUUGCUUCCAUCUAUUCCACACUCUUUGAACCCCUCACUCUCUUUUUUGUAUUUUAUUAGCAACUCACCACCACCGUCGUCUCGACCAUGACUGAAUUAACUCGAUGGGUUGUAAUGGACAAUACGGACAGUCGCAUCAGCUACACCGGCAGCUGGUCUCGAGCAAGCGGGAACACCAACCAGCACAAUUCUCAUGGAAACUUCGGUCAAGUCUACCAGAACACCCUUCACACCACCACCACAUCGUCUAGCCUCUCGUUCACUUUCACCGGUGACUCUGCGACUAUCUUGGGAACAAACGAUCUAUCAUUCAAUGGCAACACACCCGAUCCCGACUGGGAGUGCGCUCUCGAUGGGCGCGUCUCUGCGGACUACAAGCGAGACCCGUUUCGCCACAGGGAAAACAAUUGGGUCUUUUGUCGAUUCCGAGGUCUGGACGCAGGUCAGCACACGAUUACCCUCAACGUGCGAACUCGAGGUCGGGCCUUCUGGUUCGACAGAAUCGAGUACCGUCCAACCGGUGUAGUCGAGAAUGAGAUGGUCGCGACCACGCGGGACGAUGCAGAUAUCACCUACAACGGUCGUUGGAGGCCUCUUGCUGAAGUCGCGUACUUCACCCAUGAAACGGGCGGAAGUAUCACAUUCCCCUUCGUCGGCGAUGGCAUAAGCAUGUGGGCAAUGGCCCCGACAGAGCUUCCACGAGAUGCCUCGCAGGGCGUGUACUCCAUCGACGGGGGUGACAAUGUCACAUUCACGAUACCAGGUGUCGGCGGUGUCUCUGAAUACAACCGCAGAAUCUUCGAAACUCCUCGCCUCUCGCACGGCCGUCACGUCAUCACCGUCAUUUACAAUGGGAGAAGCAAUGUCACCCCUAUGGUUUUGGACAAAUUCUUGAUUAGUGGAGGGACGAACCGACGCGCUCCCCAGGAAGUUAGCCAGGAUACCCCAAGUAGCGGAGGGUCGUCUGGGGGUGGCAGUUCAGGAGGUAGCAGCAGCGAUGGGGGGAGUAGCAGUAGCGGCGGUAGUGGUGGCGGUGGGAGCGAGGGCAGCAGCGGAAGUGAAAGCGAAGUAGGCGGAGGGGGAAGUGGCAGUAACGUCUCCCCUUCUACUGGUAACGGAGGCUCGAGUCGAAACGACGGUCCUUCAUCCAGCGGGUCUUCAGACAACACCGAGGGUCAAGCAGACUCCACCUCCGUCGCUCGCUUCACCAAGCCAUCGGACAGCGCGACCAAAGACUCCUCUGGAAACACCCUGGACGAAGGCGCAGACGCCACGGGAGCUGUCAAGACCACCAAUACCGGAGCCAUCGUUGGCGGUGUGUUGGGCGCUCUUGCUAUCAUUCUAAUCGCCACUGCGUUGAUUGUGUUCCUCCGCCAAAGGCGAGCCAAGAAGAAGCGAGUCUCUGCAUUCGUCGACACUUUCAAUCCAGUCAACAUGACAGGUGCCAACCACUAUCACAACGCCCAUGCUCCAGCGAUGUCAUAUGCCAACACCGGUACUGGAGCUGUGUCGAUGUACGCUGGGUCGCAAGUCUCUCAGUCCAACUUUUAUGCCAGCAGUCAUGGCCACGGGCGCUCGACAUCAGUCUCUAAUUCCGAUGUGACGGGAACGUAUCCUCAACACAAUCCCUUUGAUGAUUCUCCUCCCAUGUAUAGCGCUGGACGAUGA